CCUGGUUUUGCACUAACAAGCGGCAAAAUCUAUAAUCCUCUUCUUCUAUAUUAUAUAAACGGACUCAUCAAAUUUCAUCUUCUUCAUCGACAACUUUCACAAAGAAAUUAUCUAUUUACACAACAAAAAACAAAGCAAGAUUUUCCGCGAUUAAAAAAAAAAAACAGAGAUAAAAGAUGAGUUCAAGGAGCAAAGCAUGGUUAGUGGCAGCAACCAUUGGAGCUGUGGAGGCUUCCAAAGACCAAUUAGGUCUAUGUAGGUGGAAUUACAUGAUCCGAUCGGUGAAUCAACGUAUCCGAAACAACGUGAGAUCCGCUACUCAGGCGAACAGGUUCUCUUCUUCGUCCACCACCGUCGUUGCUUCCGGUAAAGAUGGUGACACGGCCAAGAAAGCUGAGGAGUCUCUCAGGACAGUCAGGUACUUGAGCUGUUGGGGUCCUAAUUGAUGAAGACAGAUGUAAGAUUUUUAUUAUAUUUGCCUUCGGUUGGAUCCGAAAGGUUUUAUCUAUGUCGGUGGAAUCGAAAGCCUAAGAACCUCAAAUAGACGCUAUGAGUCUUGGGGUUUUGAUGGAUUGUUUCGGGAUACAAUUAAUGACGGUUUCGAAAUGUACAGAACAUAGAGAUGAAUAUUAAUUUUUUUGUUCAUGUUA